AUGCCUAAACUGGGGUUGAUCCUGACCCUGUGGGUGCUGGUGUGGGAUCUGCGCACGGCAGCCGAGGCUCGGAGCCCCUCGUACGGAAUGAAGCUCUGCGGCCGGGAGUUCAUCCGGGCCGUCAUCUUCACCUGCGGUGGUUCCCGCUGGAGACGAGCAGGGAUCCUGUCUGCAGGUAAGAAGGGGAAUGGGUUGGAGAAAGGCAGA